AUGAGUUUUGCUUCAACUUCGUCAUCACAAGAUGAUCAGGGUCCAAUCCUGACAGAGGCCUCUCGCUUGGUCAAUCCUCACUUGCUCAAUCCGACUGAGACUGAUGCUGUAAGGUCCAGAAACCUUUUUGCAAAUAUCAGAGAUUUGACAGGGGAGGAACUUGCCCGAAUGAUGUCUUCGCUUGAUGUUCCGGAGAUAGCCCUUCUGCUGAUGUACAGCAUAGACGUGCUGUCUCAGGAAGGAGUGGAGGAUGACAUCACCACAGCGUCCUUAGCCUCAAGGCGGAUUGACUGGCAAACAGCUGUUGAGAGUAUGUUUGGGCCAAGGGCAAGAGCUGGACAGGAGGGCGAACGGGGUGCAACCACCGGAGCAUGGCAUGACACUCAGCUUACUAGGCGGGGGGCGAUCACCCCUACGGGUGUGCACUCGGAAGUGGACUGCGAACGGUGUAAAUCAGGACGGAAAGAAUGUGAUAGGAAAUUACCUGUGUAUCAACUCUCACUAGCAGAGUUGAUAUUGAGCCUUUUAGGACGGUUUAUGAUCGCGGGCUCGCUACCCGGUCAUGACAGAAUAUCAACUCUAACGGGUCAGACGUUCGAUUCACGGCUCUCACCUUAUGUGUGGGGUGUGCUGGCUGCAGGUGUCAGCACCCCUUCUCAGGUUUCACCCUGA